AUGUCCUCUCCACACGCAGAACGUAGCGUUUCGCGCGGGCGAUCACGCACAMCGAUCCGCGACGACGACGCGCACUCGCGCUCACGAUCCCGCUCCAAUGCGCGCUCCAACAACGGCAACACCUCACCCUCACCCGCACCCGUGAUCCCACGCAGCGCAAAAAUCGUCAUCGAAAAACUCACAAAGAACGUCAAGGAAGCACAUUUGCGAGAAAUCUUCAGCACAUAUGGCGAAAUCGAGGACCUGGAAAUGCCCAUGAACAAGCACUUCAUGACCAACCGGGGCAUUGCAUAUGUUCUCUACACCGAUUCGAAGUUUGCAGAGGCCGCCAUCAGUAAUAUGCACGAGGCGCAGCUCGAUGGAGCAUUGGUGAAUGUGUCGAUUGUGCUGCCACGGAGAAGAUUCAGCAAGUCCCCACCACCAAUCAGGCCGCCGCCGAACAGAUUCGGUGAGCCUCAUAGGCAUCGUGAGGGGCCGCCCAUGGGCAAUCGAGACUUUGGAGGUGGUGGACGUGGACCACCGCCGCCAAGAGGAGGUAGUCCCCCAUACCGAGGUGGCAGUCCCCCAUACAGAGGAGGUGGUGGCAGGCGUGGAAGUCCAGGACCUAGAGGCGGUAGAGGUGGAGGUGGAGGCUACAGAGAUCGCUACGAUGAUCGGGAGAGCUUCCGGCCAAGGAGCUAUUCGCGUAGCAGAUCACCGCCGCCGAGACGAGGAGGUGGGAGUCCCAGCAGGAGGAGUCCACGAUACGACAGUCGCAGCAGGAGCCCCAGCCGGRCACCACCACCUGCGAGAAGAGGUGGGCGCAGUCCUGCUGCUCGAGGUGGAGGACGGAGGAGAUCCUACUCCAGCUACAGCAGCCGCAGUCGGAGCCCCAGCAGGGAACGCGGCGGCAGAGGAGGGCGGAGAUGA